AUGUCAAUGCUCUUUAUGAUGCCAAAGCUGGCAAAACUUUUGCAUAUUGAAGUUACCGAUGAGGGGACAACAUUUUUCACUAAGCUUUCUGUGGACAUUAUGAAUCAAAAGAGAGAGGAGUUUGCCACACAAAAGGAUGGUUUCUCCAAAGCAACCAGUUUCAUUGAGUUUAUGAUUAUUGCAGAGCAAGAGGGCAAGAAGAUGGAAGCGGCUGAAGAAGAAAAUGAUCAGAAGAAGCCAACUAAAUAUAUGACACCCGACGAGGUUGUAUCACAGUGCGUCAUAUUUUUCCUUGCCGGUUUUGAGACAACGGCAACACUGCUCUCAGUGACCGCCUUUCACCUUGCACAGAACCCGGCGAUUCAGGAGCGACUGUACGAGGAGACAGUGGCCGUCAUUGAGAAGCUAAAGGCGGAAAGCCCCGAUGAGCCGGACAUCUACAAGCUGAUCACCUACGAGGCAAUUCAAACUCGCUUUGAGUACCUCAACGCCGUCAUCAGUGAGACACUGCGCAUCGACUCGCCGGGCAUCUUUCUCGAGCGGACCGCCAGCAAGGACAUUGAGCUGACCAACGGUGAUGGCUCAGUGAGCGUCUCCCUGAAGGAGGGCGACAUUGUGCACGUGCCAGUGUGGACUAUGCACCGAGAUGAGAAGUACUUCCCUGAACCGGAGCGCUUCAAGCCGGAGCGCUUUCUCUCCUCCAGCCUUUCAGAGCCGACGUUCAACAAGAACGCCUACAAUCCCUUCGGAACCGGUCCGCGCGCCUGCGUGGCUCGCCUGAUGGCGCUGAUGGAGGCUCGCAUGGCAAUGCUGCACCUGGUUCGGUGCUACCGCUUUGAGCUUUGCCCUCAGACGCAGAUUCCCCUCGACUUUACCGUUCAGUUUGACCUUAUCACCCCAAAGGAGGUUAACUUGAAAAUUGUUAAGCGGUAA